UUCGAGCUGUGCUGCGCGAGGGGGAGCGCGUGCGAGCGAGCGAACGCGCGCACCGAUACUCGUUACACCGUGGUGGAGGGUGUCCGAGCUGUCGAGCCUCGGCUGUGCGCGAUUCUUCGUUCUUUCCCAUUUCCUGAGUCACGUCUACUCGCCGCACCUUCACUGCAACUCCCGUUCGCUUUGUUUUCCUCGUCCGCGACGCGGAUACUCGCGCAAACGCCGGCGCCAGCGCCGGGAACGCGGCCGCGCAGCUGCGUGCGCGAUUGCGGCGGAGAGAGAGAGAGAGAGAGAGAGAGAGAGAGCGAGUGAGAGUGACAGAGAAAAAGAGAGACAGAGAGCACGCAAUACAUACGCGAGUGUCGUGUGUAUGUGUGCGCGCUGUGUGCCGUGUGAGACGAGGCGAGUGGUGCUCGGGCGGUCUCGUCGCGCGUCUGUGUAUGCGAGUGCGACCGCGUGCGGGCGGUUCCCACACGACGUCGUGUCCGUGCAACAAGUGUCAGGAGAGACGGUUGCGGCGACGGCGGUGGCGGCGGCGACUCGGUUCCCGAGUUCGGCGGUGUGCUCUGGUGUGCAUGGUGCUGCCGAGUCGGUGGGCGCGCGACGGAUCGGCCGACGGGCUACCACGGCGACGAGGGUGACGAGGACGAAGGACCAUCACACCAUCGCCGCACGCGCCACCACGACGUGCUGAGAGGACGACGACCGUCACCGGCGAGGGCGCGGGAUGGGCUGCGCCGUGAGCAGCACCGGCGAGAAGGAGGCCGCGGAGCGGUCCAAGAAGAUCGACAAGGACCUCCGAGCUGAUGGCGAACGUGCCGCCAGCGAGGUCAAGCUACUGCUGCUCGGUGCUGGGGAGUCUGGCAAGUCCACGAUAGUGAAACAAAUGAAAAUCAUUCAUGAGACUGGCUACAGUAAGGAAGAAUGCGAGCAAUAUAAGCCCGUGGUAUACAGCAACACGAUACAGAGUCUAAUGGCGAUAAUCAGAGCCAUGGGGGAGCUUAGAAUCGACUUCGCCGAUCCCAAUAAAGCGGACAUGGCGCGGCAAUUUUUCACCCUAGCCUCGGCGGCGGCGGAGGAAGGCCAGCUAACCGGAGAACUGGUGCUGUUAAUGAAGCGAUUAUGGCAGGACGCGGGAGUGCAGCUCUGUUUCACGCGUAGCAGGGAAUACCACAUCAACGACUCGGCAGCGUACUACCUUAACGCACUUGACCGCAUAGCACAGCACAACUACAUCCCGACGCAACAGGAUGUUCUGCGAACGCGCGUCAAAACCACCGGUAUCGUGGAGACGCAUUUCUCGUUCAAGGGCCUGCACUUCAAAAUGUUCGACGUCGGCGGUCAACGAUCCGAGAGAAAGAAGUGGAUACACUGCUUCGAGGGCGUCACCGCGAUCAUCUUCUGCGUCGCCCUGAGCGGCUACGAUCUGGUGCUGGCGGAGGAUGAGGAGAUGAAUCGUAUGGUAGAAUCGAUGAAGCUGUUCGACUCGAUCUGCAACAGCAAGUGGUUCGUCGAGACGUCGAUCAUACUGUUCCUGAACAAGAAGGACCUGUUCGAGGAGAAGAUCACCAGGAGCCCGCUCACCAUCUGCUUUCCGGAGUACAAGGGCGCCAACACGUACGAGGAGUGCGCUUCUUACAUCCAGAUGAAGUUUGAGAAUCUAAACAAGCGGAAGGAUCAGAAACAAAUCUAUACGCACUUUACUUGCGCCACCGACACGUCUAACAUACAGUUCGUGUUCGACGCCGUGACCGACGUGAUAAUCAAGAACAACUUGAGUAAUUGCGGAUUGCUAAGUUAAACAUUCCAAUACUCAGCCGGCGACCUAAACUGUCGAGAGGUGGGGAAAGGGAGGAGAAAUGUAUUUCACGAACGUCGUAACGUAGGUUGCAGAUCAUAGCGGAACGGCAAGAACAAACAAGAGACUGAUCGGAAGUUUCAGAAGAUCGUAUUCGUGUUCCGUAUAGCACGAGUACGGGUUAUGCGAGGAUUUUACAUACACAUACACACACACACAUACAAACAAACACACAUGAAAUCUUGGCUCUUGGAAUAUUUUAUUAUCAUGGCGUCGCGUAACUUUUCACUCAGUUCUAUUUAACUUUCGAGAUGACUUUUAUUUUGUACAUUUAUGCGUAAAUGCGCACACAUAAUAUCGGAGAUAUGAUAUAAAUAAUAUUACUAUUUAAUUAUCGACUUUACGUCGGACAAUUGAAGUCUCGAAUUCCGAGAAAAAUGUUCUUAAGAAUACUCGGGAGUCGGACAUGGAGAUGCAUCGUUUCGCGUUAUCGCCAGAGAUUCUUUUUUUACGCACUAUCCAAAACGUCAAGUAAUCAUUUCCUGAGAAUUGUACAAUCGUACUUUAGGAGUGUUAACGAAAUGUUAAUGCACGACAGUCAUGUAUAUUUGUCAAAACGUGAAGUAUUAUUUUCCUAGAAAGAAAAACAAAACAAAUGAUUCAAGUUCGUUCCGGCUAUUGCAUGAAAAAUAAGAAAAAGAAAUAAGCGCGAUAACGCGCAAAACAGAGCAUAUUCUCAAAUCCGCUCCAAUUGUGAUGAAACGUACAAGUGAAAAGUUACUUCAUUUUUGCUAAAUGUAUUUAAUUCUACUAACCAGGAGCUAGAUAGCUAUUAAUUUUAGUGUAAUAUCUUUGUAUAUAAUUUAUUCACUAAAGGCGACUCUAUAUGUGCUAAAAGAGUGGAAACAUCUUUCCACUUCUCUUGCUCAUGACUCAUUCGCGUUGCAAAAAGGAAAAUCGUAUCUUCGUCUUUUUCAACGACGGACACAGCUCUCUGUGCAUUUCUAAUAUGACAGUACAUGUAUUUAUAUGGAUUCGAUUGGUAAAGCCAAUUUUUUUGUACAAGCUUAAUCUUCUUUUUUUUUUGUUUUUAUAAUAUAGACGUACACGUGUAUUACUAGGAGAUAUAAACGAGAGAUUCCUUGUUCUCAUUUUUUUCACGAUCUGCCAAACUGAUGAAGUGACGAGGUUAGCCUUAGUACAAGACGUUGAAAAAUCAAACACUUUAUACAGCUUAGAACAAUAAACGAAAUUUUCUUUUUUAAGGGC